AAUGGGCGCGGGUAUCUAGGAACAGGACUCGAUACCGACAAAAACUUUUAAUUUUUUACAGAGUUUAGAAUGGAAUCAGAAAUGUAGACGGUUUAUUUUAAAGAACACAAACAAGUCCGGGAAUGCCAUCUUUGUUUAGGAGAAUUGGACUGGCUGUGGGGUGCCUUAAGCCACCAACAAAAGAGAAUCGCGUCAUCUUUGUGGACAACAAGCCACCCUUGCAGCAUGAGACUUACAUUCCGCAGAAAUACUGUGAUAAUCAAAUCAUAACCUCCAAGUACACGUUAUGGAAUUUCCUGCCAAAGAACUUAUUUGAACAGUUUCACAGAAUUGCCAAUUUUUACUUCCUGUGUGUGGGAGUAAUUGAGCUUUUGAUAGAAAGCCCAGUGAGUCCAGCCACAAGUAUACUUCCACUGAUCUUUGUGAUAACUACUACUGGCAUAAAACAGGGCUAUGAAGACUGGCUGCGGCACAAGUCGGACAAAGAGGUCAACAACCGACCGGCGUGGGUGCUUAGAGGGGAUAGGUUUGUGGAGAUACGGGCCAUGGAUAUACAGGUUGGGGAUAUUGUGAAAGUGCACAUAAACCACAGUUUCCCGUGUGACCUGGUCCAGCUCUCGUCACAUGACCCAAGCGGUGACUGUACGGUAACAACAGCCAACUUGGACGGAGAGACUAAUUUAAAGACAUUUAUAAGUGUGCCAGCUACAAAAAAUAUGCAAACAGAAGAUGAUCUGAGUACAGUAAAAGCCACAAUAGAAUGUCAACAGCCAAUUGCAGAUCUCUAUAAGUUCAUAGGGCGUAUCACCGUGGAGGUGCCCAAUCAGCAAUCAGAGAAAGUGUGUCAACCAUUAGGGGCGGAGCAUGUUCUUCUGCGGGGGUCUAGAUUGAAGAAUACACCUUUUGUCCAUGGCUGUGCCAUCUACACAGGCCAAGACACCAAAAUGGCAAUUAAUUCCAAGUUUAAAAUUCAGAAGUAUUCAAAAGUUGAAAGAGCAAUGAAUACUUUCCUGAUCUGUUUUAUGAUAUUACUACUUCUGGAGACUAGUCUUUGCCUAGGACUAAGGUAUUACACUGAAGCUCAACCAACAUUGCAGAAUUCUUGGUUUAUACGUCUGGAUAAUCAUUUAACAGCAAGACAGGCAAUAGAAGACUUCCUAAUAUUUGCAGUUCUCUUUAACUAUAUCAUCCCUAUAUCACUUUAUGUUACUAUAGAGGUCCAGAAAUUUAUAGGGUCCAUGUUUUUUGCUUGGGACAUAAAAAUGUAUGAUGAUGGCACGGAGCAGGCAGCCAAGGCCAACACAUCAGAUCUGAAUGAAGAACUGGGACAGGUGGAGUACCUGUUCACAGACAAGACGGGGACGCUGACAGAGAAUGACAUGCAGUUUAGGCAGUGCUCUGUUAAUGGGACCAAGUAUAUAGAAGUGGGGGGACUGGUGUGUGAGAAGCCAGAUAUCCCUGGGGUGCAGCCACAACCUGUGUCUACUCUAACAUCUGACAUGGAGUGGUUCUUCACAGUGCUAGCCCUCUGCCACACUGUGAGGAUAGAGAAGGCAGCAGAUCAUCAAAUCAAUGGCAUAGUUGACUUUGACACCAGUGACUAUGACUUUGAAUACCAGGCCUCCUCUCCUGAUGAAAAGGCUUUUGUGGAUGCAUGCAGAAGGUAUGGUGUUGUGUACCAAGGCGUUAAGGAUGAACACCAGGAGGUCAAGGUCAAGGGCAAAGUGCAUCGCUACAAACAGCUUCAUGUUCUCGAGUUUGAUGCCACCAGGAAAAGAAUGAGCACUGUCGUACAGGAUGAACAAGGAAACAUCUAUUUGCUAUGCAAAGGAGCAGAGUCAGCCAUACUGUGCAAUGCUACAUCUGGAAAUGUGACCAAGGCUCUUCAACAUGUGAAUGAUUAUGCAAUGCUGGGUCUGCGUACUCUUGUGAUAUCGCAAAGAAAAUUAAGUGAGGAAGAAUAUGAGAAGUUUGAUCACGAACUCACUAGUGCCAGAAAAGCUCUUGAAAACAGAGAAGAAAAGUUAGCAGAGGUGUUCAACACAUUAGAGAGCAACCUCAAGAUUUUAGGAGCAACUGCAGUUGAAGAUCGGCUCCAAGAUGGAGUUCCAGAAACUAUAGAGGCACUAAGGAUGGCUGGUAUCAAUGUCUGGGUGUUAACGGGGGACAAAGAAGAGACAGCAGUGAAUAUUAGUUACUCUGCAGGUCACUUUAAACCUGGUGCUCAGUUGUUGAGGUUAACCCAGCUCAGAGAGUGGGAGGAAUGCUCACAUCUUAUUCAGCAGCACAGGCAGGCUAUUGAAAGCAGUUCAAAGGAUGAGGAGACAUUUGCCCUUGUGAUAGAUGGCGCUAGUCUCUCUCUGGUGAUUCGGACAGAGACCAAUCAGGACCAGGAACACAAACAGCGUGGAGAUGAGCUACAUUCCCUAUGCCAUAUGUGUCAAGCUGUCCUGUGUUGUAGGAUGUCUCCUAUACAGAAAGCACAGAUUGUCCAGUUAAUAAAACAUGGCAAGGACAACCCAGUAACAGCAGCUAUAGGAGAUGGUGCCAAUGAUGUCAGUAUGAUACAGGAGGCCCAUGUUGGUCUGGGUGUAAUGGGCAAAGAAGGCCGACAAGCUGUUAGGUGUAGUGACUACGCAUUUGCCAGAUUCAGAUUUUUGAUGCGAGCUCUAUUUGUUCAUGGACAUCUGUACUAUGUCCGAAUAGCCACACUAGUGCAAUAUUUUUUCUACAAGAACGUGGCUUUUAUAACGGCUCAGGUGUACUUUGCAUUCUUCUCUGGAUUUUCUGCUCAGUCUAUAUAUGACAGUUUCUUCCUGACUUUUUUCAACAUCACGUUCACGUCACUUCCUAUCCUAAUAUAUGGUCUAUUUGAGCAACACAUACCACCAGAUAAACUGAUGGAGAUGCCCAAGUUAUAUAAAAAAAUAAGGAAAAAUGCCAUGCUUUCACCUGGGCAGUUUAUUAAGUGGAAUCUUCUGGGUAUAUGGCAUUCUGUGGUACUUUUCUUUGGAUGUAUUUUUAUAUUUAAAGAUGGUUUGCCAUUGUCGGGAGACGGAGUGAUGUGA